CCAUGGACUGGUGAUCUCUGGUGAAGUUGACGUUGCAUUAGUCAUUCGAGACAAGAUGAUUGAAAGGGGAGUGCCGCCUGAUGCUGGCAUUUAUAAUGUUUUGAUGAGUGGGCUCUGCAAAAAAUCGAAGCUUCCUGUUGCCAGGCAGCUCCUUGAUGAGAUGCUUGGCCAUGGUAUAAUGCCUGAUGCUUAUGUUUAUGCCACUUUAGUAGAUGGUUGUGUAAGCAAUGGAGAAUUUCAAGAAGCGAAGAAGCUAUUUGAGCAGACAAUUGAGAUGGGUAUGGAUCCUGAGCGUGUAGGGUACAAUGCUAUGAUCAAGGGAUACUGUAAGUUUGGACAGAUGAAAGAUGCAGUUGCUUGCAUCAGUAGAAUGAAAAAGUCAAAAAUAUCUCCAGAUGCCUUUACUUAUUCAACAGUAAUUGAUGGGUAUGUAAAGCAGCAUGAUUUGCGUCGAGCAUUAACGAUACUCCCUCACAUGAUAAAGGGCAACUCUAUGCCAAAUGUGGUAACCUGCAGCUCUUUAAUUUAUGGCUUUUGUCAGAAUGGAGAUCUUGUGAGAGCUGAAAAUUUAUUCAAUGGAAUGCAAUCAAAUGGUAUGAUGCCUAAUGUGAUAACUUAUAGUAUACUGAUUGGAAGCUUUUGUAAAUUGGCAAAACUUGCAAAAGCUGCUUCUACAUUUGAACAAAUGCUCAUGCACAAGUGCUAUCCAACUGAUGUCACGUUCAAUUAUUUGGUUAAUGGGUUUUCCCAUUGCAUGCCUACUAUUUUCGUAAAGGAGAAAAGUGAACCUCAGGAUGAGAAGAACUCUAUGUUUAUGGCAACUUUUAAAAGAAUGAUAUCAGAUGGUUGGCACCCGAGAAAUGCUGCAUACAAUUCCAUUAUUGCUUGCCUCUGUUUACAUAAAAUGCUCAAAACUGCAUUGCAACUACGUGACAAGAUGAUUAGUAAAGGCUACACUACAGAUUCAAUUACCUUUGCUGCCUUAUUGCAUGGAAUUUGCUUGGAUGGAAAAUCCAAGGAAUGGAAAAGUAUUAUUUCCUGCAGCUUAAGUACGACAGAGCUGUCUGCUGCUUUAAAGUAUUCUUUGAUAUUUGACCAGUACCUGAGUCAUGGAUUCGACUCCGAGGCUUCAGCGAUUUUGCAUUCCUUGGUUAAUGACCAUGUCUCAUAAUCAAGAUGAAGCUGAUGUUAAGUUUUUGAUUGCUGGUUUUGCAGCUAGCUGACAUCCAAUUUUGUGUGCAGUUCUGCUACAGUUCAUCUAGGUGUUUUGGCAGUUCAACUAAAACCAGGUUUAUCUGGUUUCAUGCAGGUGAUUUUCAUUGGAAAAUGAAUAUGUCAGAUGCUAAAAGGUUGAACUCUUCUCUUGUGACUGACCCAAUGAACCCGUACUUCUUUGUAGUAAGAGCAAGGUCUUUGGAGGAGGUGUCAUCCCUGUAAGACGACAUGACUAAAGGAUUCUAUUUCCUCAAGGUGCAUUUGCUUUGACCUUCAAAAAAUGUGUCCAUCUCUGUUUUUGACUUGAUGCAUGGUGCGGGGAUUUUGCACAGAAAGACGAAUUUCCAACUUAAUAUUGACCAAAACUGAUAAAAGCGGCCACAUAGGUGAGUGGUUAAGGAGGUAUAGAGGUCAGGUGUUUUAUCUUUCGUGCAGGAGGCCAAUCCAAGAUUCGGAAUGGAAUGAAAUGUGAAAUUUGAUUCAGGUGCAACUCAGGGACACAGAGAUUUGGCAGGCAUUGUAUUACAUUAACUUAUCCACGAGAGAUGACUUCAGGCCCAUACGGAAGCUGGUAUAGAAGACUAAGGCAGCGAAAAAAGCAAAGUGUUUCACACUGUUGUUAGUUGACGGUGUUUGCACAGAGGAUCAGGGCCAAUUUUGAUCUUGUUGCUACAUUGCAAUUUCACUGUGGAGGUAUGGUCUUAUUCCAUGUUUAGUGUCAUGGGAUAUACCCUAGGACAGUGCAGGAUGUCAUGGCAAGUUGGAGAGUGAGAAGGCUCUAGCUUGAAAGGAAUCUGUGGAAGACAGCACAUUUUGUGCAUUUUUCAGUUGAUUUUCAGAGAGAAAUUGUACUAGAAUUUUGAGGGUUACUAUUGUGGAAAUUAGAGCUCUUUUGUUUGGUUAUACUUCUCAGCGCUGAUUCUGUUUUGGAAAAGUGAGAAUUUUUUGGAUUUUUUUUAUAUACAAACCCAAUCUUGAUUUGGUAUUAAUGAAAUUCUUUGAUUUAUAGAAAA